AAAUUGAGCAAACACGUAAACUGCUUAUAGAGGCAAAAUUGGGUGAGAACCUAAAGAUCAGCAAAAUGAAUGAGGAAGAGCAAUGACAAUCAGAGAGAGCUGAAUGACCACCAAGAAAACGCCCGCGCAGCACAGCAAGUGUCAGUUCUGUUUUCACAGUGCCACCUUCUCAGCUGAUUGUCUUUGUGUCCUCCUUUCUCUCCUGCCUCUCUCUGCCUGCUCUCUUUGUCUCUCAGUGUUCCCUUGAGCCAGGGCAGCUCCCAUCAAAGACCCUGCCCUGACUGAAUUUCCAAUGUAGGAGCUACCACAAGCAUGGAUGAAGUUCUGGAGGCUGGCAGUGAAAUGUCCCUGUAGGAUCUUGCUGCCCUUGGCUUUCGGCCCCUUUUUCAGAGCUUUGCCUUAGGGGUAGGAAGAUCCUUUCCUUGCUGGGAACUGGAAUUCCAGAGCCUUGCAGUGUGUGCCAUGCAGGAGCAUCCAGACUGGGAUCCUGCAGGCUGGGCUCACAUGGACUGGGAUCCUCCAGCCUGGGACUGCACAGAGCGGGACCAUCUGGAUCAGGAGCAUCCAGAGUGGGAUGAUGGGACUGGGACCUUGUAGGGCUGGGAUUGUCUGGGUUGGGAUCAUGUGGACUGGGAUUGCACAGACUGGGAUUGGACAGACUGGGAUUGCACACACUGGGAUUGGACAGACUGGGAUUGCACACACUGGGAUUGCACAGACUGGGGUUGGACAAACUGGGAUUGCACAGACUGGGAUCACACGGGCUGGGAUUUCACAGGCUGGCACCAUCUGGAUCAGAACCAUACAGACUGGGAUCAUACAGACCAGGAUGGCUGCACCGGAAUGAUGCAAACUGAGGCAGUCCUGGCUGGCCCAGGGCUCCCUCUCAGUCCAUUGCUCCCCGAGGGUCCCUUUGAGUCCUGAACGGAGCACAGCCAAAACUGUCCAGAGUGAACCAGUCCUGUUGCCAGUCCUGGUGCUGGUGCCAGCCUCGGUCUCAGUCUUGGUCGUGAAGCGGUGCCAGUCUCGGUGCUGCUGCCAGUUCCAGUUUCAGUUCUGGUCUCAGUCUGUGUUUCCGUCUUGGUCUGGGUCACUCUCACUCUCACUCUCACAGUCGUUCCACUCCCAGUGCUGGUACCAGUGCCGCUCUUGGUCCCGCAGUGCUCCCAGUGCCAAUCUCAGUCUCAGUCCCAGUCCCACAGCAGUGCCAGUCUCGGUGCUGGUUCCGGUGCUGGUCCUUGUCCCAGUCUUGGUCCAGUGCCAGUUCUGGUUCUGGUUUCAGUCCUGGUCUCAGUCUUAAUCCCGGUGCCUUUGCAAUGCCAGUCUGGGUUCUGUGACAGUCUCAGUCUUGGUGCUGAUCUUGGUCCCCAUCCUGGAGACUUUAGACCCUUUUGGGUGAUUUUAGGCCCAACUGGGCAGGUUCAGGGUGGAUUUUAGAUCCCUUUGGAUGAUUUUAGUCCCAUUUAGGUGGGGUUUGCCCCAUUUGAGUGUUUUUAGGCCACAACAGGUACUUUCAGGGUAGAUUUUGUGCUAGUUUGGGAGAUUUGAAAGUGACUUUAGGCCAUUUUGUGAGGGCUUUGAACCAAUUUGGGCAAUUUUAGGCCCCUUUGGUUGGAUUUUAGACCCCUUUGGAUGAUUUUAACCCCAUUUGUCAGAUUUUAGGCCAAACCAUGGGGAGUUAGGGUGGAUUUUAGGCCCCUUGGGGUGAUUUUAUGCAAAUCCUUGUGAGGUUUUUUUGCCUCUUUGGGUGAUUUGAAGCCAAAUGUGAUACAUUUGAGGAUGGAUUUUUGGCCCCUUUGGACAAUUUUCAGCCCCUUUGGGUGAUUUUAGGCCAAACCGGCCCUUUUAGGACUGUGAGUCCCCCUGGCCACCCCCAUUCCCCUCACAGUUCCCGCCCUUUCUCUGACCCCGCCUCAUUUCAUUCCUUCCCUGCCCUUUCUUUGGCCGCGCCUCUCUUUUCCCUUGAGUCACGCCCAUCUGCUGGCGCGGUCUCUCCAGCGCAUGCGCACAUUACCCGCCAGCGUCUCCUCAGCUCGUCGCCAUCUUUGCUCCCGGUCCGCCGACCCGGCUCCAGCGUGUCCGAGACCUACGAUUUCCUCUUCAUGUUCUUGGUGAUCGGCAGCACCGACAAGUCCUGCCUGCUGCACCACUUCAUCAAGGGCAAGUACAAGGAGCUGAGCAUGGAGAGCAGGGAGGACAAAGGCGGCCAGAGAUGGAGCCAGAGUUCAGAGCUGGUGGUCCAUGAGCAGCUUCCUGAUGGGGAGAAGCCCCACAAGUGCUUUGGGUGUGAGAAGAGCUUCAUCUGGCGGUGCCACCUGCUCCGCCACCAGAGGAUCCACACAGACGAACGGCCCUACAAGUGUGGGGAAUGUGGGAAGAGCUUCAGGAAGAGCUCCCAGCUGACUGCCCACCAGAGGAUCCACUCUGGGGAACGACCCUACGAGUGUGGGGAAUGUGGGAAGAGGUUUCAGGACAGCUGUUACCUAAUCCUGCACCGUCGCAUCCACACUGGGGAGAGACCGCACAAGUGCGGGGAAUGUGGGAAGAGCUUCAGGGCGCGCUCCCACCUGAUCCGUCACCAGAAGAUCCACUCGGGGGAGAGACCCUACGAGUGUGAGGAAUGUGGGAAGAGCUUCAGGCACAGAGGGGACCUAAACUUCCACCAAAAGAUCCACACUGGAGAGAGGCCCUACAAGUGUUCUGAGUGUACGAAGGGGUUUCUGACCAGCACCAGGCUCCUCAUACAUCAGCAGACACACACAGCAGAGAGACCUUUCCAAUGCCCCAAGUGCAGGAAGGGCUUCAAGAGGAAAUCCACCCUGACAACCCACCAGUGUGUCCACAGCACUGGGGAGAGGCCCCACAAGUGUGAGGAAUGUGGGAAGAGCUUCAGCCGGAGCUCCAGCCUUAUCUGCCACCAGAGGGUCCACACCAGGGAACGGCCCUACGAGUGUGGGGAAUGUGGGAAGAGCUUCAGUCAGAGGGCACAGCUGAUCCAGCACCAGAACAUCCACACUGGGGAAAGGCCAUAUGAGUGUGGGGAAUGUGGGAAGGGCUUCAGGCAGCUUGCCCACCUGAUCCGCCACCAAAUGAUCCACACUGGGGAGAGGCCCUAUGAGUGUGAUAAAUGCAGGAAGAGGUUUCAGACCAGCUCCCAUCUCCUCGUCCACCAGCGCAUUCACACAGAGGAGAGGCCCUUCCGCUGCCCUGACUGCGGGAAGGGCUUCAAGGAGAACUCAACCCUCAUCAAGCACCGGCGUAUCCACACUGCAGAGAGGCCCUACAAGUGUGAGGAAUGUGGAAAGAGCUUCUCUCAGAGCUCUAACUUGACCAGACACCAACAGAGGCACCGAAGCCAAGAGGGAUGGGUCUGUUACCUCAAAACCACUCAAAACCUGAAGAAGCAAAAUUCCAUUCCACCUGGAAAGGAUCUGUAGGAUUAAUAGGGCCAAGUGCUUGGUCCCCAUGGCCAGCCACAGCAAAUGUCCAACAGCAGUUCCAUCAGCCACUUCCUCCUGCUGGCAUUGGCAGACAUGGGGCAGCUGCAGCUCCUGCACUUCUUCUUCCUGGGCAUCUCCUUGGCUGCUCUCCUGGGCAGGCCUCAUCAUCAGCGCCGUAGCCUGCGGCCACCUCCUGCACACCCCCAUGUUCUUCCUGCUCAAGCUGCCCCUCAGCAACCUGGGCUUCAUUUGCACCACUGUCCCCAAAGUCUGGAACAACUCCCUCUGGGACACCCGCUCUGGUGUCCCUCUGGCCGCGCUGGAGGGUUUGGAGACUGGACAGGGGGGUCUGGGAUCUGUACAAGGGCAUCAGCCAGCCUCACACAGAGCCCAGGGGGACACUGCCUCUGAUCCCUGUCCAUGGGAGUGAAUGCUCACAUUGUAUGAAGAAUCACAAGCCUAAAGAAUUCGAAAUAAGUUGUAGCUAGUUUAUCACAGAGUGUAAAUGUAGAAUCUAGGAUUUUUAGUAUAUGGGCUUGAAGAGGCAAGAUGGAGGAAUUGGGGAGUGGUCCUGUCCUCCUUGUUGUUGUUCUUUUCCCCCAUUUUCUGCUGAGUUGUAUCACAAGGAUUGGUUUAGAGUAGAAAUGACAUGUUAACAUAGGUAGUAAGUAUUGGUAAAAUUCUGUAAAUAAAAAGUACAUUGUGGAUGGUGGUUGGACCAGGGAAACGGUACACAAGGUCCGGGACCCUCUGAUCCGCCCCAAUCCGCCGCAUGUCCUGCUCUGCUGGGGACGCCUUGCAGAGCUGAGAAAGAACUAAGAGAUAAUGAAAGAAUAAACAACCUUGGAAACACGGA